UGUGUCAUUUUGCUUAAGGUUUGCUGUUAGUGUUCAAUAAAAAGAGAGGUAGUCAUAGGCAUUCUUUUUGAUAGAAUAGGAUGUAGAGUUAUAGAGAAACGAGUGUUGGUGGUUUGGGAAGAGUUGAAUUUGACUUGGGGGGAAGACAACACUGAAGCACUUUCUCUCUGGAGAGAAAUUACAAAAACUGUAGGGAAUUUCUGAAGAGGAGACAGACUUGGUCAUCAGGAACAUAUUUGGUGACAGUAAAUCCAGAGAGCACAAGGGAGAUUUUUUUCAGGGGUUCUGCAAUGUUUGGGUGCAUAAGAAUCAUGGAAAGUGGGGCAACGCACUUAACAGGCUAUUCUUGGACCCCAACCCAAGACCCUCUACAAGACCCCCUGAAUUAGAGUCUCUGGGGUGAAGGUGGGGGGAUCAGAACUCUGCAUUUUUUUUUUUUUCUGUCAUUGGGGCACACUUUUCAGCAUUUUUUUUUUUUUUUAAUUGAGUCGAAAUCGACUUGAUGGCACUGGGUUUGGUUUGGUUUUUUGGUAGGUGAAAGUUUACAAAUCAAGUCAGUCUCUCGUACAAAAAUUUAUAUACACCUUGCUGUAUAUUCCUAAUUGCUCUCCCCCUAAUGAGACAGCACACUCCUUCCCUCCACUCUCUCUUUUCUUGUCCAUUCGGCCAGCUUCUGACCCCUUCUGCCCUCUCAUCUCCUCUCCAGACAGAAGAUGCCAACAUAGUCUCAUGUGUCUACUUGAUCCAAGAAGCAAAUUCUUCCCUGGUAUCAUUUUCUAUCCCACUGUCCAGUCCAAUCCUUGUCUGAAGGGUUGGCUUUGGGAAUGGUUCCUGUCUUCGGCUAACAGAAGGUCUGGGGACCAUGACCUCUGGGGUCCUUCUAGUUUCAGUCAGACCAUUAAGUCUGGUCUUUUUAGGAGAAUUUGGGGUCUGUCUCCUACUGCUCUCCUGCUCCCUCAGGUGUUCUCUGUUGUGUUCCCUGUCAGGGCAGUCACCGGUUGUGGCUAGGCACCAUCUAGUUCUUCUGGUCUCAGGCUGAUGUAGUCUCUGGUUCAUGUGGUCCUUUCUGUCUCUUGGGCUCAAAAUUACCUUGUCUCUUUGGUAUUCUUCAUUCUUCUUUGCUCCACGUGGGUUGGGACCAAUUGAUGCAUCUUAGAUGGCCUCUUGCUAGUGUUUAAGACCCCAGACGCCACUCUCCAAAGUGGGAUGCAGAAUGUUUUCUUAAUAGAUUUUAUUGUGCCAAUUGACUUAGAUGUCCCCCAAAACCAUGGUCCCCAAACCCUUGCCCCCUGCUACACUGGCCUUUGAAGCGUUCGGUUGUUCAGUUUAUUCAGGAAACUUCUUUGCUUUUGGUUUAGUCCAGUUGUGCUGACCUCUCCUGCACAGUUUGUUGUCUUUCCCUUCACCUAAAAUAUUUCUUAUCUACUAUCUAGUUAGUGAAUACCCCUCUCUCACCCUCCCUCCCCCAUCUUGUGACCAUCAAAGAAUAUUUUCUUCUCUGUUUAAACUGUUUCUUGAGUUCUUAUAAUAGUGGUCUUAUACAAUAUUUGUCCUUUUGCAACUGAGUAAUUUCACUCAGCAUAAUGCCUUCCAGAUUCCUUUAUGUUAUGAAAUGUUUCACAGAUCCGUCACUGUUCUUUAUAGAUGCAUAGUAUUCUAUUGUGUGAAUAUACCAUAAUUUAUUUAUCCAUUCAUCUGUUGAUGGGCACCUUGGUUGCUUCCAUCUUUUCACUAUUAUAAACAGUGCUGCAGUGAACAUGGGUGUACAUAUAUCUGUUCAUGUAAAGGCUCUUAUUUCUCUAGGAUAUAUUCCAAGGAAUGGGAUUGCUGGAUUGUAUGGUAGUUCUAUUUCUAGCUUUUUAAGGAAGUGCCAAAUCGAUUUCCAAAGUGGUUGUACCAUUUUACAUUCCCACCAGCAGUGUAUAAGUGUUCCAGUCUCUCUACAACCUCUCCAACAUUUAUUAUUUUGUGUUUUUUGGAUUAAUGCCAGCCUUGUUGGAGUGAGAUGGAAUCUCAUUGCAGUUUUGAUUUGCAUUUCUCUAAUGGCUAAUGAUCGUGAGCAUUUCCUCAUGUAUCUGUUAGCUACCUGAAUGUCAUCUUUAGUGAAGUGCCUGUUCAUAUAUUUUGCCCAUUUUUUAAUUGGGUUGUUUGUCUUUUUGUAGUUGAGUUUUUGCAGUAUCAUGUAGAUUUUAGAGAUCAGGCGCUGAUCGGAAAUGUCAUAGCUAAAAACUUUUAGAACUCUGCAUUUUUAACAGGCACACCAGGUAACUCUGUCUCAGAAACGUGGAGGAAAUGAGGACUUUGUUAUCUAUAUUCAAGACCUUCUAAAUUGUUAAUUGCUGUGGAGUUGAUUGUGACUUGUGGUGACCCCAUGUGUUUGGGAGUAGAACUGCAGUCCAUGGGGUUUUCAAGGCUGUGACCUUUCAGUAGCGGAUCUCCAGCCCUGUCUUCCAGGCCAGUCUUCUCAGGCACCUCUGGGUAGGUUCAAACGACCAACCUUUUGACUAGUAGCCCAGUGCUUAAUUGUUUGGACCUCCCAGGGAUACCACCUUCUAAAUUAGAUGUUGUCAAAUAAAAUCCAGCACUGUAUUAAAACACUGUACCCAUUGCCUUUGAGUCAUGCCAACUUAUAGCACCCCUACAGGACAGAGUGGAGUGCCUGGUGGAUUCGAACUGCUGGCCUUUUGGUUAGCAGUCAUUGCUCUUAACCACUAUGCCACCAGGAUUUCCCAUAUUAAAAUGAUGCCAUAUACACAAGGAGAUUUUGCUGCAACUAUGGAAAGAUGGUUCAAAAUUAGGAAAUUCAUUACUUCAACAAGUUAUUGGACACCUUUGCCAGGUGCUGGGGAUGUAAUAACCCAUUGCUGUCCUGUCAAUUCUGACUCAUAUAGUUUAACCAAAAUGGUACAGUUCGUGUCUUCCUGGAGCUUAUAGUCUAGUUGGGGGCAGACAUUAAUUUGAGUAAUCACACAAACAAAUGUGAAAGUGCUGCUGUAACAAGUGCCACUAAGGGGAAGUAUGCAGUGCUAAGGGAAGUUCUAAUAGGGGAGCAGACCGUUGGAUCAAGGAGAUGGGGAACUCUUCAUUCAGUAAAUGACAUGAGCUCUAUCAGAAGAAUCAGUGGUGAAGAGGUGAUAGGCAGGGUGACUACAGGGUUGAGAGCAAUGGGGAUUGUGGUGUGAGUUGAAGCUGGAGGGGCAGCCAAGGACUCACAGCAAGUUGGACCUUCAGGCCAAGGCAAGGAGUUUCGCUUUGGUCUAAUAUGGAUGUUCUAACUACAGAUGGAUCAAGGACUAACUUCAAAAAUAAAACUCAAAAACCCUUGAGGAGGAAGUGCAGAUAAAUAUCUUUUAGAUCUUGUGGUUAGGGAAAGGUUUUCUUAAGAUGCAAAAAUCAUUGACUAUAAGAGGAAAUAUUGAUAACUUGAUUUUAUUAAAAUUAAGAACCUUUGUUCGUCAAAAGGUACAAACUUAAGAGAGAAGAAAACAAAAUUCUCAUUAUUUGCAUGUGACUUAAUCGUAAAUAUGAAAAAUCCAGAAGAAACUACAGUAAAUUUGUAAACUUAAUAGGAGAGCUUAGCAUAUAUAUAUCCCUGGUAGCACAAUAGUUAAGUGCUUGGCUGCUAAUCGAAAGUACAGGAUGGAGGUUAUGUGGUGAUCUGUUCUCGUCAAGAUUACAGCCUAAGAAACCCUAUGGGGCAGUUCUGCUGUGCCAUAUGUAGGGUCUGUAUUAGUUGGAAUCAACUUAACGGCACACAAUGUGUGUAUAUAUGUAUAUAUAGACACACAUAUAUACACCCAUAUAUACGUGUAUAUACUGUAUCUUUAUAAAAGAGCCUCAAACAACUAUAAGUAAAAUUUUUAGGAAAAAAAUCAUUUAUAUUAACAUCAAAGCAUAUCAAGAACUUGGCAAUAAAUCUGACAAAAUGUAAGCACUCAAUAAAUGUUGUUGUUGUGUGCCGUUGAGUCGAUUCUGACUCACAGCAACCCAAUAGAACAAAGUGGAACUGCCCCAUAGGGUUUCCUAGGCUGUAAUCUUUAUUGGGAGCAGAUGGCCAGGUAACUGCCAACUUUUCCUUUAGCAGCCAAGCACUUAACCAUUGCGCCACCAGGGCUCCUCAAUAAAAGUUGGAUUGCAUUAUAUUAGUUAAUCUGUUUCAGUGUUAGUUCAAAGUGGGCUGCAUCUGACUUAAUUAUGGCAUAAAAUAAGUUAGAUUAGAUCUAAAAGUUAUCAAUUUGGGGACAGGAAAAUGUACAAAAAUGGAGGGAAGUGUUAUUUACCAAAGUCUUAUGAGGGACAAGUCUGAUACCUUUCACUUCCCCUGAAUUGUCCAAAAAUUCUUAGGCCUAGGGCUUAGACGAGGAGCCUGACUCCCACAUCCAUCCCAGCUGAGUCUGGUAAGUCCUCUACUGCUAUGCUAGUAGUAUAGCUACACUAUCCCUUGGUGCUAAGAUGGUUAUCUCCCGCAAGUAGAUCAUUGCAUAGGUCAACAAAGUUCUUUGAGGGCAGAUGACCCCCCUUGUUUUGUGCUAAGUGUGGCCAAAAAUAUUCCUCUCAGGGCUCCACAUUUUUAAUUUCACCUAAUAGGAGUUGAGUCAGCAGAUUCAACAUUGGUAACUCAAUGGAUCCAAGACCUAGAUCUUUUCCUCAUUCCCCUUUCCAGGAAUCCAUUUUAGAGGUUGGGCAGCUUUUCCUUUUCAACGUUAAAACACAUAGGGUGUCAUGAAUUGAAUUGUGUCCCCCCAAAAUAUGUGUUAACUUGGUUAGGCCAUGAUUCCCAGUGUUGUGUGGUUGUCCUCCAUUUUGUGAUUGUAAUUUUAUGUUAAAGAGGGUUAGGGUGAGAUUGUCACAUCCCUGAUGCAAUGUAAAGGGAGUUUCCCUGGGGUGUGGGCUGCACCACCUUUUAUUUUACAAGAGAUAAAAGGAAAGGGAAGCAAGCAUAGAGGGGGGAACUCAUACCACGUAGAAAGCAGUGCCAGGAGAAGAACGUGUCCUUUGGACCUGGGGUUCCUGCGCAGAGAAAUUCCUAGCCCAGGGGAAGAUUGAUGACAUGGGCCUUCCUCCAGAGUUGACAGAGAAUGCCUUCCCCUGUAGCUGAUGGCCUGAAUUUGGACUUUUAGCCUACUAGACUGUGAGAGAAUAAAUUUCUCUUUGUUGAAGUUACCCACUUGUGGUAUUUCUGUUAUAGCGGCGCUAGAUGACUUAGACAUACGGUCUAUGUAUCUAUGCUUUUAUAUAAUGCUGUAUUGGUAUGUGGAGUCUGGUGGUGCAGUGGUUAAGAGCUAUGGCUGCUAACAAAAGGUUUGGCAGUUCCAAUCCACCAGGUGCUCCUUGGAAACCACAUGGGACAGUUCUCGGUUCUACUCUGUCCUGUAGAGUCACUAUGAGUUGGAAUGGACUUGACAGCAACAAGUUUGGUUUUGGUUUGGUUUUCUUAGGAGAUAGAUGUCAUGAUUUUUUUCUUUUUAUAGUUGAGGAAGCUGAGAUUUAGAUCUGUGCAAGUAAAUGACUUUGUCUCGCUUAUUUUGGACAUGUUAUCAGGAGGGACCCAUCCCUGGAGAAGGACAUCGUGCCUAGUAAAGUAGAGGGUCAUAGUAAAAGAGGAGGACCCUCAAUGAGAUGGAUUGACAUAGUGACUGCAACAAUGAGCUCAAACAUGGCAACCAUUGUAAAGAUGGUGCAGGAUCGGGCAAUGUUUCAUUCUGUUGUUCACAGGGCCACUAUGGAUCCUUGGUGGUGCAGUGGUUAAGAGCUCGGUUGCUAACCAAAAGGUUGGCAGUUGGAAUCCACAAGCUGCUUCUUGGAAACCCUGUGGGCCAGUUCUACUCCGUCCUAUAGGGUUGCUUUAAGUCAGAACGCACUGGACAGCACCUAACAACAAUAGCAGGGCUCGGAUUUAAAAUUAGCUAAAUUUUAUUUCAAUGCUUUAACCACCCAGCUUUUAUCCACUAAGCCAGUUAGCUGGAAUAGUGCCCUGAAGGCGAAUUCUAACUUGAGCAGAUCUAGACUGUUUAUAAUAGAUCCCGUUACCUUCCAUUAAAUUACCAGUGCUGAGGUCACAAAGGACAGGAAGCUAUCCUAAAGGGAUGAAAUUUGUUUGGAAUAAAAUGCAGUCCAGACCCAGUGCCGUAGGCCUGUCUAAACAGGAACAUACGUAAAUAACUUGAAUUAGCCAGUGUUUGCUUAUGCUGUUAAGUACAUUGACCCAAAAAGAAAUUAGAUUUAAAAAGUUCAGUGUAAAACCUGUGCAAGAAACAUGACUAAUCCUUGAAAAGACAAGUAGGUGAAGGAGGGGGUUGCGUUAUUUUAAUACGUUUCAAGGUAACCCUAUGGGGCAGUUCUACUCUGUCCUAUAGCGUCACUGAGUCGGAAUCCACGCAAUGGCAAUGGGUUUGAUUUUUGAUUUUAAGGUGAAGGAGGAGGGAACCCGCCUUUAACUCAUUAGCCAAUCAGGGUCUCAAGCUACUUCCCAAGGCCAUUUCCUGUCUCUCUCCUGUCUCUCUUUCUCCGUUUUGAUGCGCUGGUGAGUGUGCGCUUUACUUCUCUGUCCGUUUUGAAUUUCUCUUCCAUGUCAGCCAUACGCCCUCGUGACAGGUCUUUAUUUUAAGCCAGCAUUGGAGUAUGUGAGUCGCAGGGCGACUAUUUUAGCUGUGCGGGGGCUGGGGCAAGGACGUGAAACGCUCCGCCUGGCUUGUUUGCACGUGGGUUUCUGCAGCGCUGGAUCUGCGUUCCUUCCCCCUAGACCUGGUGACCUAGAAACAAUAGACUCAGCUUCAAGUACAGAGUGCGUGCGUUCCUGGAAAACGCCCGGAUUCUUUUGCUUGGAGGGAAAGGUAUUGCUGUUUUGAUUUAUAUCUCCCUGGGUGAAAGAGUAGAUCUUGGGAGGAGUUCAGCCCUGCACAUGUUCAGUAAUUCUCUGUUGCCUACCGAGCGCAGGUCCUUAUUGGAUUAGUGGGCUCUGCAGCAGACGUUGUCUUUGCCCUGGUCUUUGCUCAGAGCGGUCUGGCUUUCUUGCUGAGACAGGGCAGCAAACAACCGAAGUCGAAUGAUUUUAGUGAGCGUUAAGAGGAGUUCCUAAUUUGAAUGUCACCAAUGUGGUGAGGGCGGAAAGAUACACUGAAAAAGAUAUACAGGGGGCCUUAGCUUAGUGCAAGCCUAAAUUCAAAUUCCAGCGCCCCAGCUUGCUCCGGUGACCUUGGGCGAGACAGCUAUCCGUUCUGAGGCUCAGGUUGGAAGAUAAAGUGAAAUAUAUAAAGGCCGGUCACUGGUAGGCAUAUAUUAAAUGAUAGCACCUUCUAGAUGGAAGCAGUCAAUUCAUUUUGGAUUUUUUUUUCCUCAUAAAAACAUUUGCCUAGUGACCUUGAGGGUAAUUUAUCCCAUUCCCAUUUUUCUCUUUGAUAUAUAUUAGUUGGAAUAUAGUGUAUGUAUUGGUUAUCCUUACAGGCAGAAAGUGAGAAAGACAAAUUAUGACCGAGCUGGUGGAAUGUAGAAAUAGCCAUUUUUGGGUCUUCCAUAAGCAUAAUCCUCAAGGUUUAUUGUUUAAUUUAUUUUUUGCAUAGGUUAGACAUUCACAUGGUUCAAAAUUCAAAAGGGAUCGAAGUCUCCUACCCCUGAGCCACCCAGUUUCCCCCCUGCUGAACAGUGUUAACAGUUUCUGGUGUAUCCUUCCAGAGACAUUUUAUGUAGAUAAUUUAAGUAUACUCACUCCUCCCUCUUCUACCCGUAUUCUGCCAUGUGCCUUACUGCUUUCACUUAAAAGUUCCAGGAGUAAAUAAAGAGCUUCUGCAUUCUUUAUAAUGGCUACGUAGUAUUUUAAUGUAUGGCUGUACCACAAUUUAUUUAACCUUUAUUGAUAAACAUUUAGAAAGCUUACUGAUCUUGCUCUUUUCUCCCCAAAUGCUAUAAUGAAUAACCAACCUUAUACCUGAAUCAGUUGGUAACUGUGGCAUUCAGUUAUGCUUUCAUAAAUAUUAGUUUUCUAUUUAUAAGGACUCUGAAUUUAAUUAGGCAGCAUUUCCUGUUAUUUAUAUAUAUUUUGUGUAUGUAAAAUGGUAAGAAACCAAACAAUACCUUAAAUGUCUUGAUUGGGCAGUAUAGGAUUUUCUGCCAAAGACAAAACCCUGCUAAUGGCUUUUAUGUGAAUGUGUCUCUGCCUGCCUCAUUUAAAGUAGGGGUUAGUUUUAUCUUGUGGGGAACACACAUGUGUCCUAGGGUAAAAUCACCACUGAGUUAGGGUAAAGCAAAAAGAAAGGUUGUAUUUGGACUAUGUUGAAAGAGGCAGAAGUGGGACACGGACAAGCAUGCUGCCAGAGCCGUGUCUGUCCAAGUCCAAGGAAUAUUACAGACUCAUCAGUAUAUAUUAACGUUACACAUGGAUGAAAUCAUUAAAAGCUUCACCCUUUCACAACGGCUAAAAACUGCUAAAUCACCAUGACUCUACAUUUUGAAUUGUCCGUCUUAAUAAUCAUUGGUACAAAUUUCAGGAAUGACAGUCAGGAGGGUCUUCUUUGGCCCAACAAAUCUUGCUUUUUACUAAAUGCUAAUAGAAAAAGGUAAGAGUGGAAAAUAUAUGAAUCUUUUGUGCUCUAAGUUUUUGUGAAAGGUUCCCUAAAAAACGUUUUCUAAGAUUGUCCUAGCAAUUGCUUUUAUACCUCAGGGCCCUUAUGAUGUGUCCUUAUGAGUCCAGCUCCAGCUGGGUCACAUUCAUUGUAUUCAUUGAAUAAUGGCUCCUGGGAGAGAAAUUCUAUUAUUCCCGAUGGAAGUAUGGUUUUAUUAAGUAACUUUAUAUAGAAUAUGUACAGUGGAGUCUUUCUACAUUGUUAAAUAAGGAAUGAGGGAAAGUGGGAAGCAAAUAUUUUUUCUUAAAAAGACACAGUAGCUUGGAGUUGGAAAGGCUGUUAUGAAUAUGAGUGACUUUCCUGGCUUCAGGGUUAUUGUGAAAAGUGUAAAAUUUGUAGGCAGAAUAUCUCCUUACCUACUCCCUAGCAGAUUGAGCUCAGACAUUUAAAAAUAGAAACAACAUGUUAGAUGUUUAAGUACAUGCCAGCUACUGUAAAAAGUAUUUCACGUUUAUUACCUCAUUUUAUCCUCAAAGGAUCCCAAGAGGUAGGUGGUAUUUGUCCUCAUUUUAGAGAAGGGCAACUGGGGUCACUUAGUGAAAAAGGGAGGAGCUGGGAUUCAAGUCCAUUUCUGUCAGAUUUCAAAUCCAUUAUCUUAACCACUAAGCUAAGUUGCCUGCCAUUUAGUCUUGUUUGCCCAUCUGUUAAAUGAAGAUUCACAGUACUUGCAGAAUGAGGCAAUGUCUGGAAAGUGCUUUGUGCAAUAUAAGAUUGGCAGGGUAUUAUGAAAUGGGUAAGAUAGAAAGCUAAUACAGUAGAGAAGAUUUAUACUGCUUCUUAGAUCCUGAUUGGAAGUUAUUUCUUCUUGCUGUCUUGACUCAACCCCUUGGCAACUGUAUUUUUAUCCAGCAAAAGGACUCAGACUGGGUGAGGUGGUGGGUUGUGGAUUAUCUGUCUAUAACUGUCCUGUGUUUCAGACCUGACCACUUCUAUAUCAUCUGUAUUCUGAAUGGAUUCCCUCUUUUCUUUAAAGAUUAAAAUGAUCAGAAUUCUUAACUAAAAUAGCUGACAGUGAGUGGGAAGCAAAACUUGGAUUUUUCUGAAAAUAGUGCCUUAUAGAGCUCUCUAAAGGAGACCCAAGCCAAGUAACCAGUUUUGUGUUGUUUUCCUUUUGCUUCAGGUUGAAGAUGGAAUCCACUGAGGAGAGAAGGCGUGAUUCUUUAGCAGCCUAGAUGAUAUUAGGUAGUUGAUAGAUGGUGUAAUUCAGUGUGAUUCCUAGAUAGAAGCUGGAUUCAUAUGAUACCAGAGAAACGAAAUUUCAAGAGACUGAAAGUAGAUCUGAAUCUCUCGUAUCUUCCAGUCUGCAAUGCUUGUAUGUGCUGGUUAUGCAGAUGACGGCUUUUUCUCUUUUAUGGGUGAAGGUAGAUGAUUCUUCAUAUUAAAGAUGGAAGCUGACCUUUCUCACCCGAAACCAUCCUGUAGAAUCAGUCAACUUGAAGACAUGUAAGAGAAGGCAAAGAAAAGAGUUAAUUAUUUUUUUCUAAUAUUAUUCUUAGAUUUUCUGCUAGAUUACAAGCUCCAUGAGCAGGAUACCUUUCUUAUCCCUAAUAAUGCCUGGCCAGAAGAGAUAUUAAAAUAAUAAUUGAACUGAAUUGAAUUGGAAUCGUUCAUUGAUUUUUUUUUUUUAAUCCCUGGAAAAUGGCAGCUAUCUUAAUGAUGUUUCAGUAAGACAUUUAGAUGGAAUAAGAGGGGCUUAAACGUCAAUGUUGUAUACACACACACACACACACACACACACACACACUUAUCUGGGUUCCCGCAUGUCUACUUAAAACUUUUAAUAUCUGAUUAUGAUGCUUAAUCUUUCUAAGAGGCAAUGAAGAAUGACUGCCAAAAACAACCUUAUGUAUGUGAGGAAUAGAGACGUAAAAGUUUACUGGUAUUUAACAGGAAAUAUUUUAUUAUGAACAUUUUAUUUAUAGCCUUAAGUAGACAUCUUGAUUUGAAUUGCAUAUACUGUUCUGGCAUGGUUAUUUCUGCUUCAUGUUUAAUGUUGGGAUAUUCUCAGUUGUUUGGCUAAAUUAUACUUUAGGGAAUUUUCUGCCCUAUAUGUUGUAUUUACAUCCAUAGAGGUAUAUUAACACAUAAAAAAACAAAAAACAAAAAAACACAUAGGGAGUACAAAAUACAUAUCAAAAUACUGGAAUUCUGGUAUACUUUAUUGUGUUUCCAGAAUUAGAUUUAAAACUCGCUCCUGCUUAUACCAGAAUUACAAAAAUGAUACGAAACUAUAAUAACUUUGUGAACCAGAAUAUAAAACCUAUUCUUUAGAAUAAGAUUUUUUUUUUUUAAAACAAGUACUUGAAUUAAAUGAGUUUUUAGAAUAGAUGAUGCUAAAAGUCUAAGAUUCAGAGAUAACAGGAGGGAAAAUUACUGUACGAAACUUAGAGAAAUGUGGAACAUAAAUACUCCUAAUAUAGCUGAUAUACCUCAGCUGAUCAUGAGGAUGGUGCAGGACUAGGCAGUGUUUGGUUGUGUUGUACGUAGGGUCACCAUGAGUUGGAACUGAGUCGACGGCACCUUACAACAACAUAGCUGAUAGGUACUUACAGUAUCUACAUAAGAGUAUAUUAGUUUUAAAUCAAACUUUAUGGUAAAAUACCAUUUUUGAAAGGGGAAAGAAAUCUGUACUUAAAUGAUGUAAGUAAUGUGUAAGCACAGAUUGUUCCGUCAGAGUUAAGAAAUGAAAUGCCCUUGAAAUUACUUCAUGGCUAAUACACAAUUCAUGAGUAGUUAACAGUUUGUGUAAAAACAGCAAACAACUGAGUUAAACUAUUUCAUAAAUGACAAGAAAUAUGAUAGGUCUUUGGGGUGGUGACUUUUCUGUUGAAAUUCUCAUUUUUCAGCUAUAAAAACAAGCUGUUAAACAGGGAUGAAGUUACUUAUGUGUUUAAGUACUAUAUAGCACAACUGCUUUAAACCCAGUGCUUUUUUUCAUUCAUAUUUCUGGGCUGCUUUUGUAAAUAAUGUCCUCAUGAAAACUUUCUCACGUCUGUACUUCUGAGUAGUUUUGCCUUUGGGGUAGAUUUUGCUUCAUACAGGUAAUCUUGUUGUGUGCCAUUGAGUCGAUUUUGAUUCAUAGCAACUGUAUAGGGCAGAGUAGAACUGCCCCAUAGGUUUUCCUAGGCUGUAAUCUUUAUGGGAGCCGAUCUCCAGGUCUUUACUCCCACAGAGUAGCUGUGGGUUUGAGCCACUGAACUUUCAGUUAGCAGCUGAGUGCUUAACCAUUGUACCAACAGGGCUCCUUGUUGUAUAGGCAGUAGUGACUGUUAAAUUUCAUUCUAAAAAUACAUGAAGUACACUAUUUCCAGUAUUUUCAUGUGUAUUUUAUACUCCUUGCAUGUUAAAUAUAACCUGGAAAUGAGACUGGACUACCAUGUUCAUGAAACACGGAGGUUGUUGGAAUUUUUGCUUUCUUGAAUGUUGUAGCCACUUUUCCCUUUACAACUUCUGUUAUUACCCAGAAUCCUUACAUUAGGAAGAAUGGCUUAAAGAUCUACAUAUGCAAAACAAAACGUUAAAACAUAGAAUAUGACUUUGGAGUAGACAUAAUAAAGGUUGAUAGAUUUGUGUACACUAGAAUUUCAAGCUUGUAUUCAUAUGCGAUGUAACUGACAAAGGACUCCAUAUAAAUCAAGGAAAUGAGCAAAGGAUAUGAAUAGGCAAUUCACAGAUAAGGAUCUGUGAAUAGUCAUUCACAUGCAAAGAUGCUUAAACUCUAGCAAUCAGGGAAUUGAACUUCAACAACAUUGAGAUAUCAUUUCUGAUGGGCAGAAAUUCAAACAAAGCAAAAAACCUGACACGUCCACGUGUUGCUGAGUCUGUAGCAGUGGCCUCUCAUGCACUUUGCUGGUGGCAGUGUCAAUUUAUAUUACUGCUUUGGGGAAUGGUUUUACAACAUUUAAUUCAUUUGAAUGUACUUACAUGCUAACCCAUCAGUUUUGCCUCUUGGUAUUCUGUAGAAAUUCUUGCAUGUUUACUUGAGCCAUGUACAAAGGGUUUAUUGCAGUGUUUUUAAUAGCGAAAACCUUGAGCCAAAUAGAUGCCUAUUAGAUAUUCAUAAAAGAGUGGAUAAAUAAAUGAUAAUAUAUGUGGUACAUGGCUGUUAAAAUGAAUUAAUGGGAUGUGUGUGUAGUAACUUGAAUAAACCUCAAAAGCAGUGUGCAUCAAAAAUGAUUAAAAGCAUAUAUGAGAAAUGGUUAACAAAAUGUAGCUUGUUUUUAACAUCCAGAAAAGGAGGAGGAAAAUAGGAUUCAGGCAUACACAGGAGGCUUCAGUGCCGUCGAGUCGAUUCCAACUCAUAGCGACCCUGUAGGACAGAGUAGAACUGCCCCAUAGAGUUUCCAUAAUGUGUUAUUUCCUUAAAAAAUACACAAAUGUGAGAAAGGGUUGGGUUUAUUAAAGCUGAGUGAUGGUCAUUAUACAUUUCUGUCAUGCCUGAUAUUUAACAAUAAAAAUACUUUUUAAAAGCUCUUUGGUGGAUGAGACCCACUACCCAUUGUCGUCUAGUCGAUUCUGAGGUCCCUGAGUCCCAUGUUUGAUUUCAGUGGUUUUUGUCUCCAGGGACCCCCCUAGAACAGAUCCAGUGAAGAGUUUGUGCCAUGAGACAAUGGGACACAUGCCACUACGAAGCAGGUUGGGUCAGUUCACAGUGUUCUAGGCUACUGGACAGACAUUAAGACUUUGUAGCUCCCCCCCUCCUUUUUUUAUUUUAACUUGGUAAAAUGUGUUGGGAAAUACAUGGGUUAUUUCUGAAGGUCUUUAGCCAAAAUGGAAUGAAAAUUGGAAACUGAUGGACCCGUGAGGAUCCCUCAAGCCCUCCUCUGAUUUUUAAUCUAAAUUUUAAUAGGCCCAUGCAGAUUGUGUAGAAAAUAGCGUGGCUGCUAUAGGAAAGCACAAGAUAUGACAGGUAACAGCAUUAGGGUAAAACAGGUACAUUUAAACAGCACAGCCGUUCAAGGAGUGUGAACAGGCAUAUAACCUUAAAAACGAUGUGACACCUGACCCUACUGGGCUGUAAUGAAUGUUCAUAAUGCACUCAGUCAAGGAAAGUUAUAUUUUGUAAAAUGUACUUGUUGUUUGUAGUUGAGUCUCAGGGACACUGUAUGACAGAGUACAACUGCCUCAUAAGGGUCCUUGGCUGUAAUCUUUAGGGAAACGGAUCGCCAGGUCUUGGAGCCUCUGGUAGGUUUGAACCACUUAUCUUCCCAUUAGCAGCUGAGCGCUUAAUAAUUGCUCACCAGGGCUCCUUAACUUGUAUUUAGAGAAUCUAUAAAAGCUGCAAAGAUUUCUGUUCCAAGAUGCAUUAAAAAGGAAACGGUAGAAUCUGUUUCACGAUGGAAGUGAUAGCUGUCCAAUUACAGGAAUCACAUCCUUUCCAGGAAUUUCUCCUGGAAAAAAAAAAAAAAACUCAAAUCCUGUGUUGGGAAUUCCAAAAAUUUCCCAGGUCAAACGCCUGCCUGUACCCUGCACCUGGGGCACAAUCCGGCCUGCUACCUUCUCUCAGCUCUUCCCUGGUCUCGCCUCAAGAGGCUUUUAUUUCAAAUGUUUAAGACCAACGAUAGCGACGGUGUUACACUUGUGCCAAUAGAGGGCGGUUAACGGCCCUCUGUGACUGUAUCUGCGGGGCUCUGAAGUGGCCGAUCGUACUAGGAGCAGCCGGAUUCGCCGCCUUGGAGAGCCUACAACGAGCGUGGUCAGGAAGAGCCGCCCUCUCAGCGCAGCUUCAGCUCUGGCGCCACCGCCCGGUAGGUCCCAGGAUCCUGAGCGGCCCGAGUCGUGGAGCCACUCCGCGCAUGCGCUCUCGCGCGGUGUCCGCGCGCGAGCUGGGCAGUCUCGCUCGUCGUGAAGUUGCGGUGGCAACGGUGUUUUCCCGCGCUUUUUCUUGGCGCCUCAGGGUAAGUAUUUUUAUUUGUAUUAUUAUUAUUACUGUAAUCACUAUCAUUAUUCUUUAUUCUUUUUAGCGCGGUAAGGCAGGCUAAGAAUCCCAGAGUGAAGUUUUUGUUGGUCUAAAAACUUGCCUCUGGAUAUCUUGGGCAGCCCACUAAAUUGACUCCUUUCUUCACUUUGUGGAAAUCUUGGAAUUAGCUGUACAUCUUGCUCUGCCAGAGAAAGGACUCAAUUUCAAGACUGUCCCCAGCUCUUCUGUGUCCCCUUUGCCUAUUACCCCUCCGGAGGUAAAGUAAGCCUGAUAACUCCCGCUGCCAGGUGCCACAUACCAAUGAAGACUCACCCAGAGAGGACACGGGAUAAAGGUGUCAGGGUGUCCUUGUUGACCCCUAUAUCUGAGGCAACUGACAGAAUUUGUCAGUUGAUAAAUGAGAACAUUUGGUGUAUAAUUGGUUUGUCACGAUUUUACACGGAGUAUGAAGUAUGUGACUUGUUUUGGUAGGUCCAGAAUAUUGCUGCCCUGUUAGGGUUAGUAUAAUUCUAAUGGGAGUGGCCACUAUACUGAAAAGUAACUUAAAAAAUAGUAUUUAUUUAUUUUUACAAACGCUUUCAUUAGAAGCAUAGCAUUGACUAUUGUUCAUAUUAACAGGUGAAUUGUGAUGAUAAGAACAUCACCUGCUUUUCUGAAGGCUUUCAGGCUUCAUAAUGGCCAAUUACUUGGAUGAAGCAGAUUAGUUUUCAUCUCCUUCUAGCAGGCUGCUACUCUUUUUUUUUAACAAGGCAACACGUGAAGAAUCUGAGAAAUCAUAGCAAAUAUGGAAAACCUAAAAAUGUAGCUUAAAAUACUUGACACUAACGAAGGGCUGAAAUCAGUGCCUAGACUUUUAUAUCUGUCAAGUGUGAGAUGUACUAAAACCAUCUAGCAAACCAUGAAUGGAUAAUAAAUUUGGAUUUUUGUUUAGGUACUGAGGAAGGGCAAAAAUCACUGAUUUAGUUUUUACUUGUUUGUACCAACAAGUUCCUAAAGUUUAUUUCUGUGCACACAUUUUCGAUCUUAGUAAAUUAGAUUAGAAACCACCUGUAUUUGUUUAAAAAAUUUUUUUUCAUGGUCUUUGCAAUGGUUUGCACAAUAAAGGAACACAGCUAAUAUCUUUGAGUGACUGAAAUCAAUAUGAUUAUAAUAAAAUACAAAUACAUAAUAAAAUGUAAUAACUACAUUGCAUAUUUCAUUUUAAAAAUUUAUGGACUUGCUUCUUUAUUUUCAUUGCAAUUUGUCCUAUUCAGCCUUCUUAUUUAUCCCUAUUAGGAUUCUUUUCAGCGUCUGGAGACCUUAUUCUUCCAUUAUGUCUUUGUGUGAAGACAUGCUGCUUUGUAAUUAUCGGAAGUGUCGCCUUAAACUCUCUGGUUAUGCGUGGGUCACUGCCUGCUCUCACAUCUUCUGUGAUCAGCAUGGCAGUGGAGAGUUUAGUCGUUCACCAGCUAUCUGCCCUGCCUGCAACAGUACCCUUUCUGGAAAGCUAGAUAUUGUCCGCACAGAACUCAGUCCAUCAGAGGAAUAUAAGGCCAUGGUGUUGGCAGGACUGCGACCAGAGAUUGUAUUGGACAUUAGCUCCCGAGCGCUGGCCUUCUGGACAUAUCAGGUACAUCAGGAACGUCUCUAUCAAGAGUACAAUUUCAGCAAGGCUGAGAGUCAUCUGAAACAGAUGGAGAAGAUCUAUACUCAGCAAAUACAGAGCAAGGAUGUAGAAUUGACCUCUAUGAAAGGGGAGGUAACUUCCAUGAAGAAAGUGCUAGAAGAAUACAAGAAAAAGUUCAGUGACAUCUCUGAGAAACUUAUGGAGCGCAAUCGCCAGUAUCAAAAACUCCAGGGCCUCUAUGAUAGCCUUAGGCUACGAAACAUCACUAUUGCUAACCAAGAAGGUACCCUGGAACCAUCCAUGAUUGCACAGUCUGGUAUUUUUGGCUUUCCAUUAGGGAACAACUCCAGGUUUCCUUUGGACAAUACACCAGUUCGAAAUCGGGGUGGAGGAGAUGGAGAUUUUCAAUUCAGACCAUUUUUUGUGGGUUCUCCCACAGCACCUGAACCCAGCAACAACUUUUUUAGUUUUGCCUCUCCAAGUCGUGAAUUAGAGCAGCAGCAAGUCUCUAGUAGAGCCUUCAAAGUAAAGAGAGUUUAGGUCACUUUACAGAAUGUUUCUGUGUUCAUGUUCGGUGAUUUCAUUUAGCAAAUAGUCUUUAUUCUAGACCGAAGUUGUCAACCUCCCUGUGCUAUUACGUCUCUGAAGUUGCCUUCACGUUUUCAACUUAUAAGAAACUCAUUGGAAAUGGGGAGUGGCUUUAGAGUCUGGUUUCUUUUGUCGGUUUUUAUUAUUUAAAGGGUGAUCAUGGUUUUGAUCAUCCCAAUUUCAUUGUGAACUGUUUAGUUUUCACAAGUAGUCAUGACAUAGGUUGACUUAAUGAGCAUUUCAUAGAUCACUUUCUGACUGGGCUAUUUCUGACUGAGCUGCGUAUUUAUGUGUGUGUAUAUGAGUGCCUGUGUUAUAUGUCAACAUGUCACUUUGGCUUCUUGUAUUUAUGUGUGUACACACACACACACAGAGGUAAGUGUGUUUAUUUACAUUUAUAUUUUGCUUUAUUUGCCAGUGUAUCUAUGAAAAUUCUGGUCUUGGAAAAUGGAAAUGAGUCUGUAGCUUGUUAUUUUAUUUGUAUAUUUUUAAUUUCAUUUAUUUGUAUAUAUUUAUGUAUUUGCGCUUGUAUUAACUUGUUUGAAAGUAUGCUCAUGUGAGUACAGUUUGAUGUAUAUAUGUCCAGUCUCUUAUUUCUAUUUAAUUCAUAUUGAUGAAGUUAUUAUUUUGCAGAGUUGAUUUUUUGGCAUUUAUUUUAAAAUAAAAUUACUUCUUUACCUUUGGCAGUUGUAACAUUGUGUUUCAUUAUUUAGAAAUACACUUCUACAGCAGAAAAUUUACUAAUAGGUGAUUGAUCUCAAGAGACUACACUAAUUAAAAUAAUUUUUAAAGAUUUGUUCCUUGUUUUCCUUUACUAAAUAGUGAGUGUUUCUGACUACUAUCACAGAUAAGAUAUUCAAAAUGCAGAGCCAAGAAAGAACUUUGAAGGGUAAUCUCAGUGGCUUUUAUGUCCCACUAGAAGUAAGAUUUAAAAGCAUACUGGUUGGGGAGGCAGAAUAUCUGGGUUCUAUGUAUGGUUUUUCCAUAUAUCGGUUGCAUGAGUUUGAAUUUAAACUUUCUGGGCUUUAGUUUCUGUAUCUUUAAAAUGAGGGGUUGAAUUAGAUUACCCUUACAGUCUUUUCUAAAUCUUAAAUUAUUUGAUUGGUUCUUCUUGGUAUGGGAGGAAUUACAUUGAGAUUACUGUAAAUGCCAAUCUUAGGUAAUAAAAAUCAUACACAAAUCAUUUGAGGAUAUUUUAUCUUUAGUCAUUGUAGAAAGGCAAGUGAAUAUCUCUGCUUUAGAUAAUUGAAGAGCAAGCAAGUAUAUAUACUUCUUUAGGAAUAUAGAGUAUAAAAUUAAUUCAAUUUUCUUUUUUUUACACUGUACCCCAAGGUUAAAAUGAUGUUCAGAGAAAGAAGAUGAAAAAUCUUGGCUUAACUCAAAAGCUUUGAAAACAUUCUUCCCUACUUUAUAGCUAAUCAGACAGAUUUUACAUUUUACAUAUUAGUAUUUUUCUUCCCUGUGGAGUUUGAAAUUUUGUUAGAAACAGAUCUGAGGAAAUUAUUUACAUAAAGUCAUGAUUUCUGUUUUCAACCUUUUCUUCCUUUGUUAGGCUUACGGAAUCAAUUUGAAGCACAAAUUAGCUGCAUUUAAAAAUAGUAAAGAGACAUUCUGUCAGGAAUAUUACCUGCUACUUUAAAAAAAGUAUUUAUUGAAUACUUUGAUAAUUCCCAUGUUAUAAAUUCAAAUGGUACAAAAAACGCAUACAGUGAAAAAUCUCCCUCCUACCCCUGUCCCCACAGCAACUCCCCACUCUAAAAGCAAAUACUAUUGCCAGCUUAUUGUG